ACGGCCGUAUGACCGUGUACGACAGUGUAUGGCUGUAUGACCGUGUACGACAGUGUAUGGCUGUAUGACCGUGUACGACAGUGUACGGCCGUGUACGACAGUGUACGGCCGUGUAUGAGGCCGUGUAUGUGACAAAAAAUUUGAAUUUGGUUUGAGAUGACUCCGGGGCUGAUGAAAAGCGGAUUAGACUUCCUCCUCUGUUUCUGUCAGUACAGUAAAUGUACAGUCUAUUGAGCAAUGAUCAUUUACAUUACAUUUACAUUUCUGGUACCUGGGAGAUGCUCUUAUACAAGAAGUCUUUAUCAAUAAAAACAUCAACACUGGGCCACUAGGACACGGACUCAGGAUACCAUCAGCCUCAAAACUGUUAGGAGAAAAAUAAUUAUUUUUUUACAAUAUAAAACAAACAGGGAAAUAACUAAUUUUUCAUAUUAUCCAUUAUUAUGAAGAAAUGAUGGAUUCAAUAAAAUGAUUCAUUAACAGAAGAAUUAAAAAACACACAAACUAGAAAUACAGAACUUCUCAGGACAGAGGAAGCUGUGGUGUUGUGUGUGUUUUUGCAAGAGAGAGUGAGAGAGACAGUCGGAGAGACAGACUUAUUCAUAGGUUCUGUAAACCUGAGGAUACUUAAGAACUGGAGACACAAUAAGGUGCCAUGAUGAGAUCAUCAGACUUAUUCACUUCACCUGGCACUGGUCACAAUGUCAUGGCUGAGAGCUCGUCAGUGAUGCAGCAGUAAAAAUUGAGAUGAACGCACCGGAGAAAGUCGUCGUCAUUUGUUGUCUGUUUCAAGCUGUGUUGUGUAGAGAAUUCUCCAUCACUCUACCAGAGAGUGUAGAAGCUCUGAGAGGACUCUGUGUUCUCAUACCCUGCAGAUUUCAGAUUGAAGAACAAUACGAUAAAGACCUCCAGAGAGAUUCUACAGGAAUCUGGUUAUUAAACGGCACUGAUGUUAACAGUAAUAAAGUCUUUAACUCUAAAGUAACUACAGAGAACAAGAUUGAAGGUGAAAUUAUAGGAGAUCUCCUCAUGAAGAACUGCACCACCAUCUUCUACAACAUCAGUGAGAGAGACAGAGGAAAAUAUUACUUUAGAUUAGAGGCUACUGGAUCUCUAAAAUACAAUUAUAGACCACCAGUAUCUCUAAGAGUGCGAGACUCUCCAAUCAGACCCUCAAUAACACUGUAUAAGGAGGAUCAGGGGGAGGUGGAGGACCAGAAUGAGGUGGUGGAGGGAACUUCAGUGAGUCUCAUUUGCUCUGCUCCAUCUGCUCCAUGUCUCUUAAAUCCUCCCACUUUUACAUGGAACUUCCUGCCUGAGGAGAGAAGACAGGAGCAGAACCACAACACCAGCUUCAGCUCCUCUCAGCUGAACUUCAACGCUACUCACCUGCAUCAUGGACUCACUUUCACCUGCACCACCACCUACCAGCUCCAGAACCAGAACAAAUCAGCACGGAGCUCUCGUACUCUACAUGUUCUGUAUGGUCCUAGAAACACAUCAGUAUCAGUGUCUCCAUCUGCUUCAGUGCUUUUGGGCAGUUCAGUGUCUCUGAGUUGCAGCAGUGAUGCAAACCCAGCAGUGCUGAACUACACCUGGUACAGAGAGAACGGAGAGCAGAUAGGAACCGGAAACCAUCUCACCAUCAACACCACUGAUUCUACACACAGAGGUUUAUACUACUGUAGAGCUCAAAACCAGCACGGAGAUCACAACUCAUCUGUGGUCCUGGAUCUUCAGUAUGGUCCUAGAAACACAUCAGUAUCAGUGUCUCCAUCUGCUUCAGUGCUUUUGGGCAGUUCAGUGUCUCUGAGUUGCAGCAGUGAUGCAAACCCAGCAGUGCUGAACUACACCUGGUACAGAGAGAACGGAGAGCAGAUAGGAACCGGAAACCAUCUCACCAUCAACACCACUGAUUCUACACACAGAGGUUUAUACUACUGUAGAGCUCAAAACCAGCACGGAGAUCACAACUCAUCUGUGGUCCUGGAUCUUCAGUAUGCUCCUCAGAUCUCUUCCUCCUCCAGCUGUAACAGCACUCAGACUUUGAUCAUGUGUUCCUGUGAGGUUCAUGGAAAUCCAUCUCCUACACUGGAGUGGAGACUCUCUGAUCAAACUCCUUCAACCACCAGGGAAGAGUCUGUGAACAACACAACCUCAAGAAGCUUCAUCUCCAUUCAUCAGUCAUUUACAGACAUGCUCACUCUGCAGUGUGUUGGCUCCAAUAACCUGGGCACUGACACACAGAUCUUCUACUUUAAGAAAGUUCCUCAUCCCUCUGGUAAAGUUUUAGGUUCAGGUGUGGAUGUUCCCUCAGUGCUGAUUGGUGCUGCUGUUGGAGCUUCAGUAAUGAUGAUGCUGUGUGGUUUAUUCCUGUGUGUGAGGAGAGUGAAUCCUUCCCAGUCUGGAGGAAGUGACGCAACAGGGCUCAUUUUAAACAACAUGGCUGUUGGGCAGGAAGAAGGUGGAGAGUCUGUGUAUGCAAAUAAACAGGUUUCAUCAGAGUCGCUUCAUUACUCCACUGUUAUGUUUCCAAACAGAGCAGGAAGUGGAGUCAGAGGCACUUCCUCUCUCACUGCUGAAUAUGCUACCGUGAAUCAUGGCUCCAAACAACAAAAUGAGGGAAUUACAGAAACUGAAACUAAAGAAAGAGACAAAGAGCAGCCCAAACACUCAGAUGGAGCUGAAGUCCUUUAUUCACAAGUUAAACCUCGUAAACGUGAACAGAAAGUAUGAAAAAAAAUCUAUAAAACAAUUCAGUGAUUCUAAACAUACACAGACAUACAGUACAAGCUGUGUGAGACGUAGAGCUGUAUAUUUACAGACAUAACAUUUACACAUAUAUUUUACAUUUAUAAGAUUAGUACAUUGUUUUCAGAAAAACAUCAAUGUUUCAUACAGAAGUUGUUAUUAAGUUAUGAGUUUGUUUAUUGCCUCAAGGAAAGAAGUUAGCUUUUUUUUUUCAACAUUCAAAGUAACAACACAUAAUAAUAAAUAUAAACUAAUGUGUACUUUCAAUUCAAUUUUAUUUCUAUAGCAAUUUUACAAAAAUUAAACAGUUUCCCAAACAGCUAUUCAAAAAAUAAAUUUCAGGAUACACUAAUGUUUAAAUUGAUAAGAAACACCAGAGAGUGUGAUUAUAAACCAUUACUCUUCUAGAACUGUGGGCUAUAUGGACAUAAAGUGCAGUUAUGUAGGCUGGAGAUUCAUUCUCAUUAUUAACUGAAGUCUGUGUUGUUGAAGUUAUUGAACUGAUUACUGAUGGAAACUUGAGAGCAACGAGGACCACAUGCAGCUAGAAGUAAUCUUUCUGAUCACAGAGGAACUCUGGAUGGUCUUUCUGUUUCAUCUUGUCCAGCAGUAAAAGAUCUUGGUGUGAUUAUUGACUCUGGUCUUUUGUUUGAAGCUCAUGUAGAUAAUAUCACUCGGGUAGCCUUCUUUUGAAAGGACAUUAUUUAUAAUCCCACUCUCAGUGUUUAUAAUGAUUUAUAAUCCCACUCUCAGUGUUUAUAAUGAUUUAUAAUCCCACUCUCAGGGUUUAUAAUGAUUUAUAAUCCCACUCUCAGUGUUUAUAAUGAUUUAUAAUCCCACUCUCAGUGUUUAUAAUGAUUUAUAAUCCCACUCUCAGUGUUUAUAAUGAUUUAUAAUCCCACUCUCAGUGUUUAUAAUGAUUUAUAAUCCCACUCUCAGUGUUUAUAAUGAUUUAUAAUCCCACUCUCAGGUGUUUAUAAUGAUUUAUAAUCCCACUCUCAGGUGUUUAUAAUGAUUUAUAAUCCCACUCUCAGGUGUUUAUAAUGAUUUAUAAUCCCACUCUCUGCUGUCACCCAGAUGAGGAUGAG